AUGGCUGAUGCUUUGGCUACAUUGGAUGCGAUGUUUAAAGCUAAUAAAAAGAAAUACAUGAUACCAAUAAGGAUACAAGUAUAUGAGACCCCGACUCAUUGCUAUCUUCUAGAAGAAGAAAUGGAUGGCCAUCCAUGGUACCACGAUAUUUUACAGUAUAUGAGAUACCAUACAUAUCCCCCUAGUGCAUCUGAAAUUGACAAGAAAAUAAUCAGAAGAAUGAAAGCUGAAUACUUCCUUGAUGGAGAGGCCUUAUACAGAAAGGGCAGUGGCCAAGUUUUGUUGAGAUGCGUAACUGCCAAAGAAACAAAAAGUUUAAUGGAAGAAGUGCAUUGUGGAACACACACAAAUGGUUUAUCUAUGACCAGGAAGAUAAUGAGGCCAACCGAUGGCCGAUUCAGGUCGUUAAUGGUUGGGUUGGUUUCGUCGGAGGAUGUUGGUUCGACCAAUGUUGACAGAGUGCAGUAUUGGAGGUUGCAUUGGAGCGAAUUGCGAAGGAGAGGUGGCGGCAGCUAG